AUGCCAAAAACGGUUGAAAUUGAUCCAUUGGAUGCACGUGAAAUACAAGUAUUAGAAACAGCUGAAGAUAUUCAGGCACGACGUGAUCAAGUUUUAACACAUUUUCAAAAUUUUAAAGAUGCUGCAAAAUAUCGUCGUGAAAAAUUAGAAGAUUCACGUGAAUAUCAAUAUUUUAAACGUGAUGCCGAUGAAUUAGAAAUAUGGAUUAAUGAAAAAUUACAAAUAUGUUCACAAGAUGGAAAAGCUUUGGAUGAAUUUGGUCGUCAAUUAUUGGAUAAUCAACAUUAUUCAUCUGAUUUAAUUCGUGAAAAAUUAGAUUUAUUAUCUAAAUCACGUGUUUUAUUAUUAGAUAAAAUUAGUGAAAAACGUCGUAUGUUACAAAAUACAUCAAAUUAUUUUACAUUUGAACGUGAUUGUGAUGAAUUAAAAUUAUGGGCAAAAGAAAAAUUAAAAAUGGCAUUAACAAAAGAUUAUAUGGAUACAUUAAAUAUUAAUUUAAAAUGUCAAAAACAUCAACAAUUUUUAAAUGAAUUAGCUGCUUAUCAACCAAAAAUGGAUAGUGUUAUAUUAAAUUAA